UUUUCAAGAUGGCGGACACUGGUGAUGAUUCUGGAACAAAAAUCAAUGUGAUCGUUAAAACACCAAAAGAUAAAGAAACUAUCGAGACGGAGUCAAGUGCUUUAGUGCGUGAUUUCAAAGCAGAAAUUUCAAAACGAUUUAAUGCUCCUCCAGAACAGUUGUGUCUUAUUUUUGCAGGAAAAAUUUUAAAGGAUAAUGAAACAAUUGAUCAACAUAGUAAGUGCAAUUAUGGAUUUUGCUUUAUUCUAGCACAGCAGCAGGCAGCAGAGAGGGCACAAUCUCCUGGAAGUCCAUCAACAACACCACAGUCUGUACCUAGUCCAAGUCCAGCUGCUCCUAGUAAUGAACCAAAUACAGGAACAAACCCUGCUGCUCCAUUUGGUGUUGGUGGAUUAGGUGGUUUAUCUGGGUUAGGUGGUUUAGGAAUGGGAUCAGCUAAUUUUAUGGAAAUGCAACAAAGAAUGCAGUCAGAGUUAAUGAGAAAUCCUCAAAUGAUGCAACAAAUCAUGGACAAUCCAUUUGUGCAGAGUAUGAUGUCAAAUCCAGAAAUUAUGAGACAGCUUAUAUUAAGUAAUCCACAAAUGCAGCAGCUUAUGGAGAACAAUGUGUUUCAUUCACACAGUACAUACAGCCCUACAAGCAUUCCAGGUGGAUAUAAUGCUCUACGUAGAAUGUAUACUGAUAUACAAGAACCUAUGUUGAAUGCCGCUCAGGAAGGCCUAGGAUCCAACCCAUUCUCAGCAUUAAUCAACCCCAAUGCAGAUGAUUCAGGUUCUGUUCAGCAAGGCACAGAAAAUGUUGAUCCCUUGCCAAAUCCAUGGGCACCAGCUUCUCAGAGAACGUCAGCGACAACAACCUCUCCUGCUUCCCCUUUAGCCUCAACAACUGCAAAUACAAGCACUACAACACCCACUACCACCACAACAGCUAGUGGUACUCAGCCCACAGCUACUGCUACAUCAACUACUCAACCAGCACCAACAGCAUUUCCUGGAUUUCCAGGGGGUGGUAUGGGAAGUGGUAUGUUUGGAACACCAGGCAUGCAAAGUAUUAUACAGCAGAUGUCUGACAAUCCACAGUUGAUGCAGAAUAUGUUACAAGCACCUUAUAUGCAAAGUAUGAUGCAAGCCAUGUCACACAAUCCAGACUUAGCCACACAGAUUCUUGGUAACAAUCCAUUGUUUGCUGGAAAUCCACAGUUACAGCAGCAACUAACACAACAGAUGCCACAAUUUUUACAGCAGAUGCAGAAUCCAGAAGUACAACAAAUGAUGACAAACCCUCGUGCAUUACAAGCUAUUUUACAAAUACAGCAAGGAAUGCAGCAGUUAUCACAGGAAGCACCUGGACUGGUGCCUGGUAUGCCGGGUAUGUCAGGACCAAGCCCCACAGUUCCCCCAACUACAACAUCAACAACAUCAUCAUCACCAAGUCCUGCUGGAUCAACAGGAACAACAACCACCACCACCACCCCCACACCUACUUCUACUAGCACCACCAGCAGUACAGCACCAUCAUCACAACAACAGCCAGAUAUGAGUCAGUUGAUGGCACAGAUGAUGCAGACAUUAGCAGGAAUGGGUGGGACAGGCAUGAUGUCGGGCCAGCCACCUGAGGAGAGAUUUCGAGUUCAAUUAGAGCAGCUCAACGCAAUGGGUUUUAUAGACAGAGAAGCGAAUAUACGUGCAUUACAACAGACUGGUGGCGACUUAAACGCUGCUAUUGAGAGGCUACUUGGAGGAAAUGGAACCAUGGCGUAAAAUCCAACAUUUAGUAUAAUUUACAUAAAAUUAGAGUUAGAUAAGUUUCUCCGAAUGAUAAUGCUGUUUAGAAUAAAUAAAUGUAAUCAUGUAA